AUGCACGGACGGAUACGCGCCCUCUCCGCCCUCGCCUUUGCAAUUGUCCUCUCCAUCCUGCCACUCCUGGCACUCGCUUCACCUCUAGCUAAGCAAGAUGGGAGAAGGGAUUCAGCUGGGGGAGAAUACCACAUGGUCAGAUCAGUAGAAGAUCUGGAGCCUGAGAAGAGGGCUGGACGACAGGCGAGGAUCGCUGACGAUGCUGCUGGACGUAGGGAGCGAAAGCGCGGGAUGCCGUGGAGGGAUCCGGGCGAGGGAGGUGGCAGCAUGCUCGAUCUGGUCAAUAACGGCCUUCGCGAACCACUCAACGUGAUCCUCUCCUCCCACUCCGACCCAUACAUCCUCACCGACGUCGGUCUACGGGACUAUGUUCGCUCCAUUGGUUUUUCCUUUGAAUGUCUCGAUUUGCACAUUGGAGAAUUACAGCGAGCUAAUUUGGGUGAUGGAAGAGGUUGGGUAGAGGAGAUGUACGAGUAUAGGAGUACGAGCGGGUUUGGUGCACCGGGGAGGUGGGUGGGAGCAUGCUGGGAGAGCUGGGAGGGGGGGAAUCACUUCAGAGCUUGGAAACAGAAUGGCUCCGAAGCCAAUACCGGCGCUUGGUUCCUCGCCGUCUCGACGGAAAAGAACCUACAACACCACCACACCAUCACACCCAAUGGGUACGACUCUGGUCGGGACCAACUUGUUCGUGCCGCCCUGGAGGGGGGUAAGUUCGGCUCGCGACUAUGGAAGGCAGACGUCCAGUGGAUCGAGGGAAUGCUUCCGAGGGGGAGUGAUGGGAUCAAUCAUGAGAUUGAAAUUGAUGGAUUGGUGGCGGUAUUGACUGUGCAACGUUACUGGACCCUCCCUCCUACCAAGCCCGGCAAGGGUGCGAGUGGGGAGCAGAGCAGCGAGAUCAGCUCAAGUGCCACUGUUACGAGAACGCUGGUUCGACUCUUCAAGUGGACUCUCAAUGCUGGUUAA